CCUUCCCCUUCCAACCUCGCAAAACUGUUAACAGGCGAAUUCCAUGAAGAGAGAUAUGGCAUGUGUUAUUUGCGCCAAUAUAUAGGCAGCGUGAAGUCCACGUUCAUCCGUUUCUUCACGCACCGAUAACUUCACCUCAAAGACUGACCAGAACACAUAGCAACUGAAUAACACUCGUCUUCAUACAUAACGACCCAUCUUCAGCGAGAACAAACCAUGGCACCUACAACACCCUUCAUUGCCGCCGUUACAGGCCUUGGCGCCAUCACUGCGGUCUACCUUGCUAGUCCCAUGAACCAUGGCCACCUUUACGACGACCACGAGCAGCAUCCUGCGGGAGCGUUGCCAUCUAUUGGCGCGGGUAUCCCCAUUUCGCACAAGACUGCGUCGGCGAACGGAGGCGGCCUCUUCACAAGGAAGGUCAGCUUCCGUCAGGGUUCCACUUCGUCGGGUGCGACCGAUCACGGCUCCGACGAUACCCAUGACCUCGACCGUCUCGCCUCAUCCGGAAGCUUCAAGCUCAACCCGGAAGACAUGCUUUUCGGAUGCAUCUGAGAAGCAUUCCUCGUCUACUGCCGGACAGUGACUCCGGCUGCUUUAUGUAGGGCUUGUCAUACCUGGUCGUUGAAAAGCAUUGUGUCUUAUGCUCCAGUCUUUGGUUUGAUGUCUAUAAAAUCUUGUAAAAGUGAAAAACAUAUACGAUUCGUACCUCUUGCUCUGAUUGAGCGUCUUUUA